GUUUCGGGAGAAGACUACAGUCUAACAUUUUCGUUUUCUCGCUCGGUGAAGAAGGGUCCAAAGCUCCAUUUUCGGAUUUACGUUGUUGCUGCACUUUGAGUCGUUCGUUCCAAACCAGCAAAGGAACCAGGGAGCGAACGAACUGAAUUGCCCGCGUUCAGGCUCAAAAUGGCUGCACCAAUCAGGCGCGUCGACCGAGAAACAAGUGAGCAUCAGUGUUUUUCAAACGCGAACAGUUGAAGUUGAACUGUGACACCGGUUUCUGCAUCUGCAUCAAGCAGGAAAAGAAGCAAAUUUGAUGUGCUGCCUGUCAAGUCUGUUGAUGUCGAUCCAGUGAUCCUUGUUUACAUCGCUUUAUGAUGGUGAUACGGCUCUAAAUCUCAAGAAAAUGGAAUCCGACUGUCGAACCGCUGCUGAGUUACAGCAAUGGGCAAAGACCAUGGGGUUUGUUCCCGGAUUGAAAUUUGUUUCUUCAGAAGAAUAUCCAAAACCUGAAAUAUUCCAAAAAAUAUGCAAGGGCAAAGUCACAAAGCUGUGGAGUGAUGUCAUGAAACAUGUCAGGCCUAAGGAUGAGAUACUUCAUAUUCAGAAAAACCUUCUACUGCAACGUCUCAGAUCAGGGAAACCAUUGGAUAAAAACCCGGUACCUGGGCAUCUGAGUGAACAGAUGUUUCUUGCCGCCAAGCUUGCUGAGAAGGAAAAAGAACGAGACACUCUUUUGGAAUCUAUUCAGAAAAAAGAAUCAUCUAUUCGAGCCAAAGAAAAAUCACUAAGAAAAUCAAGUCACAAGUCUAUUGAGCUCGAGAACCAAAUUGAUGAGUUUAGAAAAAAGCAGCUUUUAUUCAAAAUGAAAAGUGAAGAAAGCCGUUCAAAACUUGCCUGGUUGAAAGAUGUGGCAGAUGUAGCACGUGAUCUUUGUCCUCCAUCUCCUAAUGCAAAACCGGCUUCAGCAAAGUUCUCAGAUUCAGAGACUAUGUUGUAUAAAUGUAUUGAUGCCAUUCAAGAUUUCCACUCCAAGGAUCAUGGAGGUGAUAUGGAAUUUCCUGAUGGAGACCAGUCCAUAGAAACACCCUUGCAACAGCUCUGGAAACAAAUCAGAUUGAACAGCAAUGGUUGGGGAGCUCAGCAAAUAUGGAAUGCCAUUAAUUCUAAACUUCUUACAGAAUUAAUGGAAGAAAUUUCAGUGUUCUGUGGAGAUGACUCGAAUGCAAGACCUAUUCAUAGUCAAGCAUCACUUGUUCAAAGUGCUGUCUCUAUAUUGCCGGCUAAGUACAUGACGUCUUUGCUCGAAUUUAUAAAUUUAGAAACAAAAGUCCGAUUGAAGAAAAAUGAUCUGGAAAAACUUCAAGAGGAAUUGAUAAAUUCAGUAGAGAUAGCCAAGCUAAACACAACAAAUUUGAACAAGACAGUGAGCGCCCCAGAGUUCAUAAGAGCUUUAGUUGAAGCGCAAUCAAAAAAGGCAGUACUAUCUGGGAAGUUACAAGGCAUCAAAGCAGAACUCAUUCCAUGGAAGGAGAAAAUGUCUGACUGCGCGGCUGCAUCUCACAGUUUGAAGUUAGCUACAGAAGAAUUAGCUAGACUUGAUUUACAAAUAGAUUCUGAUAAAAAGCAAAUUGUUGAAAAUCUUGUUCACAUGAAAAUGAUUGCUUGCAAACUGAGAUCAGUCCGAGCAAAAGCACUUGCUCAACGAAGCAACUUCAACAUCCAAGUGCCAUCAUUUUUCACUAUGAUGAGAAAUCGUCAUUACUUUGAUUCAGAGGAGGGGGCUAUUAGUCCUGACCUAAGGAAUGUUCGUGCUUCUUCAACCAUGAUUGGAAAUGAGACAGCUGACUCUAAUUUAUCCUUUAAUACUACCUGUGACUCAGUUGGUGAUAAAUAUAGUGACAGCCCUGAAAUGUUGGCUGUAUUGAGAGAAUCUAUUUCAAAAGAAGCCAAGUUAUUCAUCAAAGUCCAUCUAGAAUCUGUACCUUUUGUUGUUGUUAAUGGGCGGAAAGAAUCAGUGUGUAAUUUGAUGGUCCAGGCUCCAUUAAUGACAUCUCGCUGCUUAAAUAUGCCUCAGCGAAAUUUCCUCCAAAUUGUUCGAGGUACUCCUUUCUCAAGUACCCCAGAUAUAUUACUAAAGCAGCUCUUCAUUCAGACGCACGUUCGGGCUCUUCAUCUUUAUAAAGCAAUUCAUGAAAUUCCUGUUUCCACUGAUCAUCAUGUCUCUGGUCACCUUGGAACACUUAAUAAGUCCUGUGAGAAAAAUGAAUCUGACUUGAGAGAGAAAACUGAGUUUGUUCGUGCAUCUCUCAAUCACAUUAAGUUGUUGGUUACCAACAGCAAUGCAAAUUUUGACUGUUGGCUGGAAAGACCUGUCCAGAAUGCAAUUCCUGAAAGCUUAGAAGUAAAUGGUUCAGUCUUCACAGAGUGGUGUAAGAGAUAUGAUAAGGCACAGCCAUGUUAAAGUUGCUCCAGAAAUGUUGCUAAGGUUAAUUUAUUCAUCAAAUAAGUUUAUAAAUGAGAACUAGUUUAAUUU